AUGGUCAACCUUCUGCAAGCUAUUGUUUCUGUCUCUGUCGGAGCCAUCGUGGCUUCUGCAGUUCCUCUCCAGCCGCGCGCCAACGACGUUUGUCCCGGAACUCUCUACGGGAAUCCUCAAUGCUGCAGUAUUGAUGUUCUCGGUACAGCGGACUUUGACUGCAGCCCCCCCAGUUCUCAGCCUACUAGCGUUGAUGAUUUCAAGACAAUCUGUGGUUCUGAGGCUAAACCCGCGAAGUGCUGCACUAUUCCGGUUGCCGGCCUAAGUUCGCUCUGCAUGAAUGCUUGA